AUGGCUGGGUACGAAGCCUCGGACCAAAGUAAGGAGAAUGCCAAGAGGGCCUGCCCCCUUACUGUGCACUCGCGAGGCGUUCCGAUCGAAAAGACCAAGGCCUUAACUGGCUGUUCGAAGGCCGGCUUCUACAAGUUGUUGCAGAAAGCUAAAGAACGGGGAUGCGUCCCCAGCGGGCCGAUCAAGCUCGAUUUCAUUGAAGAUGCGACGCGUACUGGCGCGCCGCGGGUAUCGACGGAGGCGGCGAUGGCCGAGAUCGAAGGGAUCGUCAUGAAAAACAGUACUACGCGUGAGCACUCGACGGAGAUGGCCAUUUCAGUACUGAAGGAUAAGGAUCCUCACCGCAAGCUGUCAAGAAGGCCAGUACAUCGUGCCCUUGAGCGGAUGGACUUUAGGAGAGUCAAGCCUACUACAAAGCCGGGCCUUAACGCAGCCUAG